GUAACCUCAAAUCUGUCACCUGUGUUAUGUGCUAAGUUUGUAAAGUGUUUUCACGUAGUAGGUACCAACCACCGAGAAUUUCAAACUUUCUAAGCGAUAUGUUUAGUAAAAGUUACAAGAGUACAGUUAAAAAAUAGUGCCUGAUCACAUUACAUAAGGUUUGGGUUGGGGGUUUGUAAUAUUACAAGAGAACACUAACCUUUAAGAAUACAAAGCUAAUACUAUAAAAAAUGGCUGAAGAAAAGGUUCAAAUGCGAAAGCAACUAGGUUUGCUUGAAGGAGUGGCAAUUAUUUUGGGAAUUAUUUUUGGAAGUGGAAUAUUUAUAUCUCCCAAAGAAGUUUUAGAAAAAACUGGAUCUGUUUGGGGUGCUUUGUCAGUGUGGGCAGCAUGUGGUGUCCUUGCAACUCUAGGUGCUAUGUCUUAUGCCGAAUUAGGUACGGCUCUUGCUAAGAGUGGUGGUGAUUAUCACUAUAUCAAUGAAGCUUUUGGACCAUUACCAGCUUUUUUAUAUUUGUGGGAUGCUAAUCUUGUCUUUGUGCCUAGUACAAAUGCCAUCAUGUCAGUAACAUUUGCUAACAAUCUUCUGGAACCUAUAUUUCCCAAUUGCCCAAUUGAUCCACUUUGUCAAAAAUUAAUUGCAGCAGUUACAAUAUGUUUACUAACAUUUAUCAAUGCAUAUGAUGUAAAAUUCACAACUCGCAUCCAAAAUGUAUUUAUGUUUACAAAAAUUGCGGCACUUUUCAUAAUUAUCCUUGGAGGAAUAGCUUGGAUGUGUCAAGGAAGGUUAGAACAUUUUGAAGAUGGCUGGGCAGGUACCAAAACCUCUGUUAGUGAUUGGUCUGUUGCAUUCUACUCUGGAAUAUUCUCAUAUUCAGGCUGGAAUUACCUUAACUUCAUGACAGAAGAACUCCGAGACCCAUUUGUGAAUUUACCAAGGGCCAUCUACAUAUCUUUACCGCUUGUUACUGGGAUAUACCUCUUGGCCAAUAUAUCUUACUUUGCAGUUUUGGGACCGGUCGGAGUUAGGGCGACAGAGGCUAUUGCUGUUGAUUUCGCAGUAGUGGCAUUGGGGUGGCUAAAGUGGGCAAUGCCGACAUUGGUGGCUAUUGCUAUCCUCGGUGGCCUUUCCGUACAUAUCAUGACGUCAUCACGGAUGUGCUUCGCGGGAGCAAGAAAUGGGCAUAUGCCAGAGCUUUUGGCGCAUAUAAAUGUUAAAUGUAUGUCACCUAUGCCUUCACUCGUGUUUUUGAUGUUAAUAUCUCUAAUAAUGUUAAUACCCAGCAACCUGACGUCGCUUAUAACAUAUUGUACAGUCGUCGAGUCGUUCUUUACACUAUUGAGUUGCAGCGCAGUCUUAUGGCUUAGAUACAAGAGACCAGAAUUAGUCAGGCCUAUAAAGGUAUCUCUUUGGAUGCCGAUCAUAUUCGUAGCGGUCCUCCUAGUAUUGAUGAUAGUUCCUGUUGUAAGUGAGCCAGUUGCUGUAAUAGCUGGUGCUUUAAUCACGCUCGCUGGUGUACCUGUUUACUUUGUACUGGUCCGUGAUCAACCCAAGUACUUGGCUGAUAUUUCUGUGAAAUUUACGCAUGGCUGUCAGAAAUUAUUCCUGACGGCAGUUGAAGACAAGGAUGAGUAAGGUGCCAUACGCUUAGCGGACAAUCAAAUUGAUUUUUUUAUUAUAUAAUAGUCAUGAGAGGAGUUCACUGAAGAUCUAAUAUUUAAAAAUGCUCUAAAAAUGAGAGAUUUUUUAUUAAUAAAGAUCGUUCCAAUACACAAUUUUAUAUAUAAAAUUUGUAAAUACUAAUUCACAACGAUUUUCUUUUUAAUUGAUUAAUAUACAAAUGCAGUAGUAGCAAUAGCAUAACGUAGCAAUGUUUUGGUACGGUUAAAUACACAAUGAAAUUUUUUUAACCUCUUGGUUCAGGCCAGCCCUUGCACAAACAACACGAUAUAAAAACUAAGCCAACGGGCACAAACGGGUAUGUAUUGAUAUUUAAUUGUUGAUAAAAUAUCUCUUAAGUAUUAAAUGGAAUCUCGAAUAUUUAUGUUUAUAUUAUAAAUAGCUUAAUCGCAUCCAACAUAUGCUCAAAGUUUAUUUAAGGUGAUAAAAAUUAUCAUAUGACAAUAAAAUGUCACCCAUAAGCCAGAAGGAUUUAUCAGAUCAAGCGGUGAAGAAAGUUGUCUUACUUAUAACUUAUCACAAUUUACCCAGUGCCUUACAAAGUAGGAAGUGUUUUUUAUCAAAAAUUGCAGUAACAAAUUCAGGAUUUAAUUAUUGAGAGCUCAUAUAGCUUUGCAUUGUUUUGAUACGCGAUACAAUCUCGAGUUAUGAUCUCCGAAACUAGAGGACGCCACCUUAUAAUGAUUAUAAUUAUCUAAAAAAGCAGGAUAAGAUUUAAAGUCGGGGCUUAGAAGAUAAGAACAAUGCCAUAUAAAGCUUCAAGUGUCGACUUAUGUUCAUACCUUAUGAAUUUAUGUAACGGCUGAUUGGGUUUUUGAUAAAGUUUUAAAUCUGUAAUGCUUAACAUUGCGGUGUGAACAUAGCUUUAUAUACCUAUGGAACAAGUUUCCGUCAUUAAAAGAUGUAGGAUAAAAUUAAAAAAAAACAAACUACUGUAAUGUUAAUAUUGUUUUGUGCGAUUACAUUAUAAACCUGCUUUUCUUAGAUAUAACUUUUUUUUACUUUUGAACUAACGUGAUAUUUGUGGCACUAUGAAAUUUACAAAUACAAAGUUUCAAAGAACUAUGAGAGUACAAAUUGUAUUACUCGAGUAAGAGCAUACAUUUCAGCCGAAGGCUAAAUUAUUAUUUUAGGAUUUAUAAAACUAACGUAAGUUUUAAUAUGUAGCAUUUAGAUUUUUAUUUAUUGCCACUGUUGCUGUUUUUGUAACAAAGAUGUGCCAAGUUUGUUGCUUUUUUAUACAAAUUAUACGAAAUAAAGCUGGAUUUACCAUGUUUAA